UGAUCCGGUUAAUAACCAAUAUAAACCAGGCCAAAAGGUUACAUAUGAAUGUGAUAUAUGCUACAGAAUAAAAGCAAAUGAGCUUGGUGAAAUGGACAAUGAUACACUAUGCACAGAAUCUGGUUGGGAUGCUGAUGUUCCUAAUUGUGAACUGAUGCAAUGCGAGAGCCCGCUUAUGGGAGAGGGAGCCAUGUUGAUAGGGGACAACAACAGCUGUGGACAAACCCUUAGCUUUGAAUGCAAGCCUGGCUACAUUCAAUCUGAUGGAGAACAAAGCAUUACAUGCCAAUCCGAGGGCACCACAGUCUCAUGGAGUGGCGUUCCAAUGACCUGCCGGCUGCUGGAGUGUUUAGAAAUGAUGCCCGACAAACCACUUAACGGAGAUAUUGACAAUACACCAGGUGCCACUGAUCCUAAACCAUAUACGCCAGGUGACCGAAUCAGCUUCAUUUGCGAUACAUGCUAUCAGAUUGGACUGAAUGAGAAUGAAGAACGAGAUGCAGAUAUUGUUUGUGGUAUCAAUGAACUCUGGGAUGGUUCCAUGCCAGUUUGUGAAUUGAUGCAGUGUGUGUAUCCUAUGCUCGGAGAAGGAGUCGAAGUAAUUGGUGGCAGUAAUGACUGUGGAGCUUCGAUUAGUUUCGGGUGUAAAGAAGGGUAUAUUAAAGCAGGUGGAAACGAUGAAAUGAUGUGUCUUUCGGAGGGUACAACUUUACAGUGGAAUGGUAGUCCCCUGACUUGCAAAAAAAAAUGCCCAUAUCGAAUGCCACCAGAAAAUGGCACAAUAGACCCAAGUAGUGACGAUCCGAUUGAUUCAGAAUACAUACCUGGGGCUGUUGUACGCUUCAGAUGUAACCAAUGCUUUACCAUCGGUUCUGAUGAAUCGGGUCUUAUGUCAGACACUGCCGUUUGCUUGAAUGGUGAUUGGAGUGAUCCAGUUCCAACUUGUGAACGUAUGAGAUGUGUACCAAUAUUUGCACCAGCCAAUGGUGGCCGAUCACCAGAAGCAGGAAACAACCUUUGCAAUGAUCCAACUAUUCAUAUUAGUUGUGAUGAAGGCUAUGGAGA